AGGAAUGAUAUGAAUUUCCAUACGAAGGCUGUCAACAAUACAUACUUAAGUGGUUGUCUAAAAUUACGUAUAAAAGAUCUUGUUUCACGUUCUACACUUGAAGGAAGAAGGAACAGGGUCUGCGCAACUCUACCUUCAGUCCUCCUCCUCCGCUUGUACAAAAACUGGAUUUGAUGAAAGAGUGGCGAGCUCUUUCAUUUUGAAGUGCAGACCAAGGAGUGUGACAAAGUAAGAAAGGCAUCAGCUCGAGCCACAAACCUGGCUUUCUAUUUAUGUUCUUUCGGACCUGGUGCUAAAUGUCAGCACGAAUGUUCGCUACAGGUCUUCACACUGUGGGAGAGAGACAGAGCUCUACAGCACAUAUGGUAGUUGAAGUACAUCUGCACAGUUCAUCUCUCGAGAAUAUAAACAAUGAAAACUGAUGCGACGAAUUAGAUGAUUGGAAAAUUUGCCUUCCCGUGCCUCACUUCAGACAAAUCCGGAAGGCGUGAAUUAUCCACCAGGACCAGAUUCCUGCCGGGCAUUGGUCUAUUGUUCAUGACAUGCCAGUUUCCUCAGAGCCCAAUUUCUUGCGCGAGUCAGUGCCUCAGAGCGAACCAUGUGCCGAAGUACAAACACUAUUUGACUCCAUCUGCAAGAAUUGAUCGCGCGAUGUAUACCGAAACAAGGUGUCAUCUCGCCCUUCACGGAAGAUAUGCUCACUGGCGUCACGUGUGUUCUUCUGAACAGGCAACGGUAUUAAUGAAGUGACCCGCCUGAGUCUUGAAAAGCGUACAUGUAGUCCGAGGCUCGAAUGGAGGGAGCGAGCGAGGGAGGCCUUGAGGGAGGGAGGGAGGCAAGGAGAGCGAAGGAUAGGGAGGUGGUGGGAGGAAGAAACAAACUUUGUCCUUUGUCGGGUGGUCGAAAAGUACACCAUCUUCAUCUCCAGCUCCGAAGCAAAGCCGAUAUCCGAAUCGGGACCGAAUGUCGAAGAAUCAAGUCCCCUACGGUAGAGAGAUCCUCGACACCGCCUUGUACGCAGAUGCCCCCUGGUAUUAGCACCGCCAUUCAGAGCCAGGGCUCCGGCUCCGGUCAAAAGGCAAAGGCUAUGACUGGCACCACCUCUAAUAUCGGCACAAAUAUCUGGAAUUUGAGUGGUUGGCUGCAGGCGCGGUACACGCUCCAUACUGGUCUCACCUGUUUCCGAAUGCGAGAAGAGUUCAAAAUCCGAGUUUAGCUUCGACCUUCGAGUUUCAAAUGGUCGAUAUUACCGUCUGCCUCUUCAACCCUCUACGCG